UGGAAGUUCGAGAAGGCGUAGCCCUUUCUGGACGGUGGAUUCAUAAAUUUCAACAGUACGACAUUUUAAUAACACGCGCAAAUUCGUCUUGUUUCUCCAUUUCAUUUGAUUUGAAAAGAAACAGCUAAGAUUUGGAUUUAGAGAGGGAGAGAAAAUUCAAUGGGGUCGCAGAAUAAUUAUCAGAUGAAGGUGGCCACUGGAGAGUUCGGAUACGUACUGGAAGAUGUCCCUCAUUUGACUGAUUACAUCCCCGAUCUUCCUACUUAUCCCAAUCCAUUACGAUCGAAUCCUGCAUAUUCCGUUGUCAAGCAGUAUUUUGUUCACAUGGAUGAUUCUAUCCCUCAAAAGAUUGUUGUCCACAAAGACACUCCUAGAGGGGUACACUUUCGAAGAGCCGGACCUCGUCAAAAGGUUUAUUUUGCUUCAGAUGACGUGCGAGCUUGUAUUGUAACGUGUGGUGGUUUGUGUCCUGGGCUAAAUACAGUGAUCAGGGAGAUUGUACAUAGCCUUGAUUAUAUGUAUGGUGUUAACCAAGUUCUCGGAAUUGAUGUAAGUUGGAGGUGCAUUCACUUUGAAGUUGAUUAGUAUUAUCAUCUGAGU